UUUCCAUGAUUUUAUGUAUAGAUGGUGGUUAUGAAUGGAUGUGGUUCGGUUAUAGAAACAAUUGCAUUUGCCAUCUGUGAUGCAGGAGACGCAUUUAUGACACCAAGUCCAUACUAUGGGGGCAUAAUGCAAGACUCAAUUCUCAGAGCUAAAGUCAACAUCCAUCCAGUCCAUCUCCACUCAGAGAUAAAAGAAAAUGAAACAAAACCAUAUCAACUAACAGUUGAAAAACUUGAGAAAAGUUUAGAAGAAGCAAAAGCAAAGGGGAUAAAUAUCUGUGGACUGUUUCUCGUGAAUCCUCAUAACCCGCUAGGUGAAAUAUAUUCAACCGAGUUGAUCAAAGAUUGUCUCCAGUUUUGUCAUAAGCAUUCUAUCCAUAUAAUAUUUGAUGAAAUAUACCUGACGAGUGUGUUUAAAGAAGGUGUCCAGCCUACUAGCAUCCUUCAAUUCAAACCAGAAGAUAUUCCAGACCCUGAGAGAACCCAUCUGAUAUGGGGCUUUAGUAAGGACUUCGCCAUGUCUGGAAUGCGUGCGGGUAUGUAUUAUGGGUUUUCCGAUGUCGUUCGUCAGCAGGUUAUGAAUCAGUGUCGCUUCACAGAGAUUCCUGGAUUUAUUCAGACGAUGUUGUCCAAAAUGCUGAAAGACAAAGAUUGGUUAGAUGAUGUCUACUAUGCCAAUAACAGGAAGAGAUUACGAGAAAGUUACGAAUUGGUGACCAGAGAGCUAACGUCCAUAGGAGUGCCCUACCUAGAAGCAUCAUCCAGUCUUUACCUCUAUGCUGAUUUCAGAAAA